UGAAGGUGGAAAAGCUCUAGAAAAGAGUUGGGACAAUUCGCCGGAAAAUAGACUAUAAGGUGAAAGCUGACGAUGCACAUUUGUAUGGAUGUAAGUUGCAUUCUUUUUGUCGCGCUCAGAGCAGUUGAAUCAGUCUGUAAAAGUGCUUGGUUGAGAACAGACGCUUAACUUUAACAUCUGUUAUCAAAGAAUAAAUCAUGGGUGGCUUAGAAUUCGUUGUUCUCUUUAUAUCAGUGAUAUUCUUCGUAUUUUGUUAUGUAAAGCGAAAGUAUCGCUAUUGGGAAGAUUUUGGAGUGCCUUUCAUUGAACCCACUUUUCCAAAAGGCAAUGUUGGAACUGCUGGGAAAACUGAGCAUUUAUUUGAACUUAUUAAAAAGUUCUACAAUUGUCUGAAAGGAAAAGGAAUGCCAAUAGGUGGAAUGUAUCUAACCAUUAAACCAGCAGCGAUAGCUUUGGACUUGGACUUCGUGAAAACGGUGCUUGUGAAGGACUUUAAUUAUUUCCACGAUCGCGGCUUCUAUGUGAAUGAACGAGAUGAUCCUCUCACCGCCCAUUUAGUCGCUAUCGAAGGGGACAGAUGGAGAGAUUUGCGAACCAAGCUCACUCCAGCUUUCAGCAGUGGCAAAAUAAAGCUCAUGUUCCCAAUAGUGAUGAAUAUAUCAGAGAAGUUUAUAUCGCGUGUAAAUUGCGAUCUCGCCAAUAACACUGACUUAGAACUUGGAGACUACUUAUCUCGCUUCACAGUAGAUGUGAUUGGAAGUUGUGCAUUUGGCUUGGAUUGCAAUGGUAUUGACAAUUCGAAUACCGAGUUUCACAUAAUGGGAAAGAAAGUUUUCAAUCGAUCUGGUUCAGAACUGCGGCGUUUGUUUGUCGUGAAUUUCCAGCGCUUGGCUAGAUUUUUACGAUUUCGAAUGAUAAGUAAAGAUAUCUCGGAAUUCUAUACAAGAAUUGUUACAGAAACUGUAGCUCUUCGUGAGAAGGAAAACAUUAAGAGGAAUGAUUUUCUAAAUCUCCUUAUUCAACUGAAAAAUAAAGGGCAAUUGGAUGAUGACUCGGGAAAAAAUGACGGAAAAAUUACUCUUAAUGAAGUUGUUGCUAAUGCUUUUCUAUUCCUUGUUGCUGGCUUCGAAACGUCUUCAACCACCAUGCAAUUCUGCCUGCUGGAAUUGGCCAAUGCAAUUGAGAUACAAGAUCGUCUUCGCGAAGAGAUAAAGACAGUUCUCGAGCGAUACGACAACAAAAUUACUUACGAGGCCUUAUCAGAGAUGAAAUAUUUAGAUCAAGUAAUUAAUGAGACUUUGCGAAAGCAUCCAGUUGCAGGAAUUUUGUCCCGAUCCAUAAAGAAUGACUACAAAGUGCCUAAUACAGAAGUAAUCCUGGAGAAGGGAAAUCAAAUAUUCAUCCCCGUCUUGGCUAUUCAUCACGAUCCAGACAUUUAUCCUGAUCCUGAUAAGUUCGAUCCUGAGCGAUUCACACCCGAAGCUGUGAAAUCUCGCCAUCCUUACGCCUUCCUGGCCUUCGGCGAGGGUCCGAGGAAUUGCAUAGGCAUGAGAUUUGGGAUGAUGCAGACGAAGAUUGGGAUCAGUUGUCUCCUGAUGAACUACAAGUUCUCUCCCUGCGCCAAGACUAAAUAUCCCAUCGAGUAUGAUAAGACCAUCUCACUCCUCUCACCUGAUGGCGGUUGCUGGCUCAGAAUGGAAGCAUGUUAGAGCACUUUGUGGCUGCGGUUAAGCUAUUAGAGUGUUUUUGCCGGGUGUCGCGAGAGCAAGAGAUUUUAUGUAUAAAAGCGCAAUGCGUUUAGGGCUCGACUCAGUUUGUUAAACUGACCAUCGAAAAUUAUAAUAAAGCUGUGAAGGGUUGUGUGUUGUGAUGCUCUGGUGGUACAUCUGACGCUUCAAAUUCACUUAC